AGAGAGAGAGAGAGAAGCGGGAAGAAAGGAGGAGCAGCAGCUCCAUUGCAAGUCUAAUCCUGUCUUGUAUAUAUGCUGCUCCUUUCACUUCAGGCUGCUCACUUCAUUUCACUUCACUUCAGGUUGCACAGAGGCUCACAUGUGUCUGCUGAAAACUACCGAGGUUCCUCCAAACACAAAGAGGACAUACAGUAUGGAUUCCAAGCAGAAUUGAUUUAAACAAGAGCUGAAUCGAGCUGCAGAUCUGACUACAUCUCAGAACGUUACGGAUAUUAUCUUUUUUUUCUGGUGAAAACCAUGAACUCCCAAAGGACCAGUUUGUGACAAGAGAAUUUUAACGAAGGAUUGUUUUUUUUUAAAGUGGGAGCAAUGGAAGCAUUGCAUGUUAGUUUUGUCACCACAGCUCCAAUAAUCAUCACAACGACCCCUGCUACAACAUUCCUGACCAAAAUGUUCAAGGAGUACCAAAGCAAUGCAGUCAUCAAAGACCAUUACAAUUUUACAAAAAAGUUGGAAGGUAACCGGUAUACAGAAGGCAUGAAACCUGUGGACAUUGUGUUCCUCAUUAUCUGUCUGCUCAUUGUGUUGGAGAAUGCAGUUGUUCUUGUAGCGAUUUGGAAGAAUAAAAAGUUUCACCUGCCCAUGUACUACCUUCUGGGCAACCUGACUUUCUCAGACUUGUUGGCAGGACUUACUUACAUGGUGAAUAUCAUAACAUCAGGGGCCAACACGCUCAAACUGACACCCGUACAAUGGUUUAUAAGAGAAGGUGGUGUUUUUAUCACGUUAGCUGCUUCCAUCAUUAGCCUCCUGGCCAUUGCUAUUGAACGUCAUGUAACCAUGGUGCGGAUGAAGCCAUACCAGGGGGCCAAGCGUGGGCGCAUGUUUGCUCUGAUUGGCAUAAGUUGGGUGCUCUCAAUUAUUUUGGGUCUGCUACCCAUUAUGGGCUGGAACUGCAUGGGCAUCCUUUCAGAGUGCUCGAUCAUCCUACCGCUGUACUCCAAGAGCUUCAUUCUCUUCUGCAUUACUGUCUUCUCUGCGGUGUUACUGGCUAUUGUGGUCCUCUAUGUCCGCAUCUUCCGUGUUGUGAAGUCGAACACUCAGCGCCUAUCUGGUGUACCACAGCGGAAAGGUUUCACAAAGAAGUCUCAGAAAUACAUGGCAUUGCUAAAGACAGUCACCAUAGUGCUGGGUGUUUUCAUCGCCUGCUGGCUCCCCCUCUUUCUUCUACUUUUGUUGGACUUUUUUUGUGAAGUCGGACACUGCCCAUUACUCUAUAAGGCAGAGUACUUUCUUGGACUUGCUAUGAUGAACUCUUUACUCAAUCCCAUAAUCUACACUUUAACCAGUAAGGACAUGCGUAAGGCCAUACUGAAGCUGCUCUGUAGCUACUGCUUAAUCACAAAGGAUGGACAGGUAAAGAAGUUUGGAAUAACAUUCCUGGAGUGCAGUACAAGUAAAGCAGAGAUGACAUCACACAGGCUAGAUAACAUGGAGACAAUGGUUUCCACAGGGAAUUUUACACCAUCUACCAUUAAAGCUAUUUUCCCCAAAAUAUCAAAAAGUGUAGCUUUGGGACAAUAAGCUGGGAAAAAACUGUAAUAAUGUUACAGUUGAACAUCAUCGUGGCCUGAUAAAAUGAAGGAUAUUAAGCAGGAUGAACCAGCUGGACAGAUUGUACUGAAAAAGACUUUUACAGAACUGAAUAGGUGGCUUUAAAAUUUUAUAUCACAGAAAGUGAUAAAAUAAAAGACAGACUGCCUCAGAAAGCAUUACAACUUUCUUUAAGGCAUUAAUCAACAAAUAAGAACUUUCUUGUUUACUAAUUGACUGUGAGCUGAAAAAACUGUGUUCUCUUUAAAUCAUAUAUGGUGUGAAGCAACAUGCACUUAAGAACAUACGAAAUGCAAGUAUGACAUGGUGGUAGAUACAGUAUUACAGUGAUUACAGAUGAGAUUUGUUACAGUGUGCUUCAACAGAAGCACUUACUGUACUAUAUGGUCAAAAGGUAUAAUAUUCCAAAUCUGUAAAUAUUUUGGGUUUCUCCUUGCUAUAUGUGUUCACUGAAAUCUGCUGCAUGAGAUUAAAAAAAUUAACAUUUUACAGAUACUCAGACAGAAGCAUAACAGACUGAAGAAAUGUAGCUAAUAUCCUCCACAGUCUUCAGUUUUAAUGGGAGUGAGCUUGUGGUAAUUAAUAUCAGUUUCAAUAUCAAACCAUCUAAAGUGUUCAGUCCUCCAGUUUCUAGUGUACCUCAAAAUCUGAGUUAAAAAAUUUUAGUAGCAUAAGCAAAAUAUAGAAAUACAAAAAGAAAUCUGUAUGGGAUGAUGCCAAGUUUUGUAGCUGAUUAGAACAUUAUUAGUUCAGUGUUAAUGUAGCUGUAUGUGCAUACAUGUAUAAAAUAUUUAAAUUUUGGUCCUGUGAAUAAAAGAAAACUUUGAUAAUUUUCUUAAAAAAAUGUCUUGAACUUUUAAAUUAUGAGACUUAAAUGUAUAUAUGAAACUUUAUAAUAAAAACAAGUCUUUAUAUC